UCCUUGUAUCAUAUUUUUCGGAGAUAAAAUUACAGACCACGGAGCCUCCAUCACAACCGCCACCCAUAUACAGAAUGAAGUUUGCAAUUGGCGACGACGUUGGCCAGCUAAAAGUAAUAACCGCCUCCCGCGGCACCGAUACUUCCCUCAAGGCCUCCGCCCGCCCACGCAUUUCUACGUACUUCACCCCGGACAGGAAGGACCCAGUAUAUGCCGUUUGUAAGAUUGACAAAUACCAGGGUGAGGAGCGAGCUGGACUGGUAGCGGUGGUUUUUACCUGUGGAAAGGUCAAACUCGUUGAUACAAGUGUCUCUCCGGUUAACGGCGAGGAGAAGUAUCUUCUCUAUACCCAUACCUCUUCAACAAUCCUUUCUACCACUGCUACAGCAAGUCCGGUGGUAUCCGCCGGUGUGCAGCACGGGAUCCUCUACCUCUUCCGUGCAAACGGCGAAGUUGUAUUCUACCGUUUCGAUGGGGAACUACCGUUUGUUAAGACUGUGCCCCUCGCUGGGAAUAUAGCCGCUGGCGCGAUAUUCACAGAAGAGCUCGUGAACGGCUGGCCGAGCGCUAUCGCGAUUGGUGGUGAGAAGCGGGACUUGGAAGUUUUCGAGCCUACGACAGAAGGAGACUGGAAGAGUGUUUGGAAAGCUAAAAACGUGAAGCAAGAUAAACUGGGCUUAGAAGUUCCGGUUUAUAUUCGUAGGAUUUUAUUUUUGGGCACUGGAGGAGGAGAAGCAGAGGGGGAUACAGCAGCAGCCCAUCCCAGAAGGAGAAGGACUACGACCGUACAGACAUGCAGCAGGAAGUACAGACUAGCAACUGGAACCCAACACUCGCACCUACGGAUAUACGACGCCGCUUUCUCCCGCCGCCCAAUCUUCACCACAACUCUUACCAAAUCCCCCAUAUUAUCUCUCCACCUCCACCCCUCCACCAAAUCACCCACCUCCACGCCCCUAACCACGCCCAACACCCCUCCCGAAUCGUCGACAACCUUGUCCCCCCACAACUGGAUCUACACAGACUCGAACGGUCACUUUGCGCUCUACAACUCUACCACCCGCCGCGAAGCAGGAAUCUACCAGGGCUCCACCGGCGCCGUCAAUGCUACCGCUACGUUUUCCAAAGAUAUUGUUACGGGAGUAGGCUUUGAUCGGUAUCUUCGUGUUUAUGAAGGUUCUGGGAGAGAGAUUGUUGUUAAGGCUUAUGUCAGGAGCAAAGGUACUGCGGUGGUGGUGUUGGAUGGGGGAGAUGAGGCGGUUGAAGUGGAGAAGUCACGGAAGGAAGAAGAGGAGGAGGUUUGGGGGGAGAUGGACGAGGUGGGCGGGGGGAGUAGUGAGGGGGGCGGAGAGGAGGGGGAUUUUACUGAUGUGCUUGUGAAGGUUCGCAGGAGGAGGCCGAGGACUGAUAAGGAGGGGGGUGGGAGUAAGAAGCGGAGGCUAGAGGUUUAGGUUGGGGUGUGUGUGUGUGAUGUGAUAGGGGUCCUACUGAGGUUUUUGUUUCGUUUGAUUUAGGAAAAGUGGGCCGUUAUUUAGCCAACUCUCGAGCCCGGAAUCCCACCCUUUUUCUAGCCUUUCCGACGCUAAGUUGUGGCUGGGCUGUAAAUAAUGGUGUGACUCAUAAUGGUGUGACUCUAGAGCCUAGAUUUGAGGUCAAAUUUCUCACGAAAAUUGUAAUAAUUUUGGAUGUAA